AUGGCAAGCUUGGGACAACGAAUCAAGGAUGCAUUGAGCAGCGACCAUUCAUCCGAAGCCGAAAGGGGAGAUGAUGACCACCGAACACCCGGUGCAUUCCCAUCGGACCAGAACACCGGAACGACUGAUGUUGGCCAGCCUCACGUUGGGAGUAAGUCAGCGCCAUCUGGCCAUACACACCUCGGCGGUACUUCGGACGAUCCCAUCUCAGCAUCGACUAGCUCGCAUCACAAAAAGUUGCACAAGAAAAACGAUCGCAGGAGUAGUAGCUCCUCGGACUCAAGCGUUGACUCAGUGGAUUCCGACUACAUGCCAUCGAAUACUGCCAAUGACAGACAAUAUGACAGUAGAUCGGCGGGCAGUAAUGCCGUACCCCUGGUCGCAAGGAUGACACAUACCAUCCUGCCUCUGACGGAUACAGUUCUGACAUGGCCGCCGGCGCCGGUGGAAUCGGUGCUAGUCAAGUUGGCGAUGAUCGUUCCGUUCAGCCAACUGACCGGUAUGACCUUGAUACAACGUCUUCCCCUUCAAACCUGCCAGAGAAAAGUCACAGUGACUACGAUGAGAACACUGCAAAGGGCUUGGGUGUAG